AUGGCGGCCGCCCAGACCGAGGAGGUGAUGCACUUCGUCCUGGUGGAGAAGCACAGCUUUCUAGAGUAUGUCCCCAGCACGACCGAUUUGAGGCGUUGCCACAGCAUGCCCAUGUUGUCGAGCCCAGUGGCGAGCGAGCACACUCGUGAAGAGCGACUCAACCAGGAAGUCCCGAAGCUUAUCCGGGGGCCGGUGCGCGAUGAGCACAGCACCCGGUGUAAAGAAGCUGAUCCGGCCUCGCCAGGCGCAGAAUCCGUGCCGGACUUACGUACAGCUUGGAAACUGGCACGCACGCGUGUUGGCAGUGAUCGGAGUCUGUCGACGACCAUGGUUGGCGACUCAAUGCAGGGAGGCAGCUCAUGGGACCUCGAAGUGGACACCAGUACGGAGACCACGGAGACCUCGAGCCACACUUCUGCUUCGCCACGUUCGGUCAGCCACCGCAGGAUGAUCCGGAAGAGCAGGUUGUCUCCCGCCUUGCUCGCCUUUGGCGACAACACGUUAGUGAACAGGGGGCCAAGGGGCCCAGGGCCGAAGGCCGAAGGAUGCCGAAGCUGUUUGGCCCAGCUUGGCUCGGCCAUGGCCCCGAGCCUUCCCGGCGAAGUCUUGCAGCCGGUCCUCGAGUUCUUAGGCACCAGCCUUUCCGCUGCCGUGCCCUGUUGCCACGGCACAUCGCAGGCAGCCUCGCAAGGUGAUGCAGCGGUGUUUCGACCGUUGACUUUCUGCAAAUCUGGGCCGAGUCCUGGCGAGAAUGCUGGACAUCGGGAUCAGCUUGCAAGGUGCGGACGUGUGGCUCGAAUUCGGCAUCCGGAGCUCACCUGGCGGGAUGUGGCCAAGGUGCUGGCCACACUCGACGACUGCCCGGUGUGGUGGUCAGAGGUGCCAUGUACUGGAGCCGUUCCGUCCCAUCGGCAGGGUCUUGCACUGUGUGGUGCGCCGGGGCCGCAAGAAAGAGCUGUACUCUUUGGCGGAAAUACCUCCGUAAGAGUUGCUGGUGGAUGGCAAUCUUCUCCAACCCUUUGCAUGGUGGACCUCCCGCCGGAUGACUAUGGCAGUGUGAAGUUCACCACCAUAGAGCCCAGCAAUCCUUCAACACCGUGGCCCUGUUCUCGUUGGGGUGCGACUCUUACAACGACUUCGCAAGCCCACCCAUCUGGGCCAGCAUUACUUUGGGGUGGGUGGAGCCGUGAAGGUGACACGGACAUUCCAUGGAUGCUUCGUUUUCAGCCAGAUGGCCCACGGUGGAGUGAACUUCGCUGCGAAAAUCGCCCGCCGGCAGCUGCUUUCCACACGGCGACAGGCUUGCCGGACAAAAAGAGGUUGGCAUUGGUUGGUGGUCUGGGGAACGGCAGUUCGCGGGAUGCUGUCUGGACCUUUGAUUCUUCGACGGAGCAGUUCCACAAGCUUUGCGAUGGUGGACCUGCUCCAGCCGGGCAUGUGGCAGCUGCAGACGAUGAAGCUCAGCGCCUGAUCGUGUGCUUCGGGGUGAGAAGGUCACAGCCUUUCGUUGAGGACAACUUCAUGAAGACCACGAGCGUUCUGGACUUGAGGAUGGGGCGCUGGGAUCCUGAUGCCUGGAAAGGUGUAGGAGACCCAAGUGAUCAAGAUGCCGCUCCGGCAGCCCCGUUGGCUCGCCGGAAUGCUGCCGCUGCAUCCCUGGGGCACCGAAUCAUCGUCUCAGGUGGGUACAACGAUGAAGAGUUCACAUCUCUUGAAGACACAUGGUCUUUCAACAUGCGCAGCGGCAUGUGGGCACAGAUGGCUGAGCAGGGUGCGCCUCGAAUGGAAGGCCAUAAAGCCAUCCUUAGUGGUUUAGACAUGUUCACAUUCGGUGGUCAUGCGCUGUUGGGUCGAUUUCCACGCCCAACGGUUUCUGUACAUAGACUGUCUUUAGGGAAAGCCGACCCGCUGCGACUGUUCUCUGACACCGAUGAGAGCAGGCCGCUUUGCAGACCAGAGAUGGAUAACCCUUCACAGGGUUACCCCGUGCCAGGUGGUGGUGGACCGGACCUCUCGGACCGCCUGGCAGCUUCGGCAGAGUACCGACGCUGGGUCAAGGAGGUCGACCUGGCGUUGGGGUCCGGCGAGGAAGUGCCUUCGUUUACCGAGCUGUGGAUCGAGCUGAACAAGCGGCCAGCUGUGCAAGGACGAUCCCGGUCGCCUAGAUCAUCCAGCGAUCCCAGAGCAAGGUUUGAUGGUUGGUCGCAGGAGAGGAGGCCAAGGUGGCAUUCGGCGCAGGAGGCUUUGCAACUGCUCCUCGACAGCUUGAGCCAAUUCGAGGCAUCUGCAAGUGGGAGAUCAAUCACGGGACAGGAGCUGUCUGCUUCUAUGAGGAAGCAUAGCCGAGAAUUUUCGAUCCAGAAAACUCCCUUCGAAAAGCUCGGGAAGCUGUUGCAACUGGCUGCACAGGAUGGUUGGAUCCGGCUAACAUGGACGGGUGACAGCAUGUCCGUGCAGAUUCUAGACCUACCUAGGAAUGGGGUCGCGAACCUGGCUGAUGCUUGGGAGCACGAGAAGGCCCCAGCGGCCCCACUCUCUCGUGAGGAUGCCCUGCAAAGCUUGCAGCAGGCUUUCGAAACCUUGAAAACCUUGCCACAAGGUAAGGGAGACCUGGACUCCGCACGCGCCCUCUGCCAGCCAAGCGUCAUGCGCCAUGCCAGCCCAGAGGUGCGGCUUUGGGCCGCGAAGUGCCUUGCGGAGGUGCUUCGCAUCUUCGUGCCUUCCCCGCCCUUUGAGACAGAGAGGUUUCGGCCGAUCCUGGAGCUUUUCUUGGAGCAGCUGGCAUCGUUGAACCCAUCUACGCAGACCUAUGCUUACUCCUUCGGCCUGCUGGAGCGCCUCGAGGAGAUCCGUGGUUUCAUGCUGGUCUUCGACUGUGCCGCUUCCGACGUGGAGAGCCUGAUCAUCUCGUUGGCGAAGACCUGCAUCGGUGCAGCGAAAGCCGCACGACAAUCCGGUAGGAUUGGUGCGACAGAAGAUGCGCAGCGGAGACUGGAAGCGCUGCUGGCAAGGUUGCUCUCAGACGUUCUGCUGGAGGCCGACGAAGUUCCGCAAGCGGUCCUGGAGCAGCUCCUGGAGGAGAUUGUGGAACGGAAGUCUCCCGGAGCGGCGAUGGUGAGACAAGUCCUUUCAAACUUCACCACCUUCAAGAGCCAGCGUGUGGCGCUUCCCUUGAACGACUUGCUGAACAAGAGCUUGUUCCUCUCGGAGGAUGGCCAGGCAGAGCUGUCGCAAGAUCGACUCGAGGGACUCCUAAAUGCAACUUACGAGUUGUACUGCAUCCACCCGUCUUUGGUGGUGCGGGUGCUUCCCAACUUACAUGCAGACUUGCAGUGUGCGAAGCCUGACAGACGGAGAGCGAUCACGGCAUUCAUUGCACAGCUGCUGGCACAUCAGCACACGGAUUCUUCCGGAGUCUCCUGCGGCAUGGCCUUGGCCACAUCUUCAGGCAUUGCAGGGCUCGUGGAGCGUUUUCAGGAACGCCUUGCUGAUGCUGACGACAGAGUUCGCAUGACAGCCUUGGAAGGGGCAUCUGCCGUGCUGCAGUCCGUGGUGGCGAUUGGUUGCCAGGAAGAUGACCCUGCUGGGUCUGCAAGUAUGGCAGCUGCGGAAGGCAUCCGAACCAAGGUGGCGCACAGAUGCUUGGAUCCCAAUGAUGCAGUGCGACUCCGGGCCGUGGAAAUCUGCACCCACAUUGCCCUCGCCUCCGAUGACGGUCUGGCCUUCAUGUUGCCCAACUUGCCCGAAAUCUGCAAGAGGAUCCUGGACAAGAAGCCUCGGAUUCGCGAAGCCUGUGCGCAGGCCUCUGCACAACUCUAUGCGCAGCAUGCCCUGCCUCACUGGCUCAAAGGUGAAGGGCAAAAAGCACAGAAAUUGUGCUGGAUACCUCAACUUCUGUGUGAAGCUUAUUCAGUGUUUUGUGGCGCCCGCUUGGGUUAUGUUGCGCAGAUUGAGGAGCUCAUCGAACAGCACAUUUUAGGCUGCGGUGCGGGUUUGCCACAGGACCAGCGUGCACUUGCUUUGGUCGGUCUCUGCAGCUCGGCGCUGUGCGGCCCAGAGGCGGCAAAGCACGGUCUGGGCAUGCUGCUGUCCAAGAAGCGGGAUGCCCACAAAGCCCUGCGCCGCUUUGUUCGGGCGCGCCUUGAAAAUGCUUCGCCGCUUGGAGAAGUUCGAAGCUCAAGCCUCCUUCCGAGCGAAAGUAACGAAGGCGAGACGCCGGCCGUUCCUUUCGCGGAUCUCUUCGAAAACCUGGCAAAGUGGAGCCCCACACUGGACGACAAGUAUGCAAGGCCUGAGGCACUCGGACUACACUUACGUUCACUCGAUGCUGUCCGGGAUAAGUUGCUUUGGGCUCAUCUGGAUCACUUGCUCGAUCCUGAUAUGCAGGACAGCACGUGCAAGAUGUCCGAUCAGGUCUGUGAGCUUGACCGGCUGCUGCGAGUGCAUCGGCUGGGGGAGAUCGCUCCCCUGAUUCGUCGAGCCCUAAUGGCUACAUGGCUGCUUCCCGAUCAGGUCGCAGCACUCCUGGAUGUUUGGACCGGGCAGGCAGGGGAGGAGGCGAAACUGGCUCCGGAUAUGGUUACGGCAGCCCGCGCAACCGUGGCCUACCUGCCGAAGUAUUUCGUUGGGGCAUUUGUCCCCUUCGUCGGCGAGAUGGUCAAGCUCCUGCAGGAUUGCAGCCAGGAGGACGCUCAGACCAUUCUGCAAGCAUUGAGCCGACUUCAGAAGCAAGUGGUCUGCCUGGGUGGCCUGUCUCAAAAGCUUGAUGAGACGGGUCUUCCGGAGCUGCUGCUCCAAGCGUUGCAUGUCAUGGUCCCUCCUUUUCAAAGCUCUGCACGCAAGUUUGUCAGAAUUCUGCUGCUGCUCUCCGACGACUGUCGUGCCUCGGUGGUCAAGCAGCUGCUCUCCUGGGCAGACGGUUACCUUCGGGGCGGAGGCGAAGGCGAAACAGGCGAAACAGGCGAAGGCGAACUUGAAGCGGGCUCCACGAGGGUCGUUGCCCUCCAUCUUGCAGCUGCCAUCUUGGAAAAUGCCGCCGACUGCGGCGAAGCCUGCCGCGACUAUGACUGGAAGCCCCUUCUCGAAAUCGCUCAGAACAUUCUCCUGCGCCCGCCUGCUGGAGCCUCCGAGUCCGAGUCUUCACUGCAACUGCUGCUGUUUGCGGCAGCAGAGGUCGUGGCGGCAGGCAGCGCUGCCUCUUUCUUGGCAACUGUGAUGCAAGGGUUCGGGUCUUCCAUGCAAGGCUCGAAGGCUAUUGUCCCCGUGUCCGACACCACCAGUCAAGUCUCAUCGGACGGUCUUCUUUUGCAUCUGGCCUGUGCCUCACUUCGAAGUUUACGGCUUGGCUGCGUGGAGCUAUCAUCGGCGUUGUUGGCCCAGUUGUCAGAGACGUGCGGUGAUUUGGUGGCAGACGGGCGCCCUGCGAGUGACGGUGACAAGCUGCUCCAUGCCCUCCAGAAGUUCCAAAAGCAUGCGAAGUUGAAGAUUGCAGACCGAUUGCGACUUUGCACCACCUUGCCAUCCAUCUUCUGCUUCGGCCAGAAGAAGCACCGGGAUGCAGGGCAGAAGCUGCUGCAGGGCUGGCUGCGGACCGCCCAGCAAGGCUCUCAACCAGGCUUGCUGGACUUCUCCGUGGCGUGCUUCGUGCAUUUCCUGUCAAGGCUUCAGAUCUUCGAACGUGAGGCAGCAGCUGUGUCGGCUUUUCCAGAAAGCAGCAAGGUGUCCAGCUUCUUCUGUGAAGCUCUGCUGCACUGCGACUCUCAGGGUGCCGAGCUCCUCGGAACGGCUCUGCGGGUCUGUGACCGUACCCGUUAUUUUGUCGAUCGCGAGGACCGCACAUCCUCGGUGAGGACCGCUGCCAGCGUUCUACGAUAUGUCGCCGAGAAGCGUUGUCCCGAAUUGGGCUUACAAGCUGCAGCAUUGCUGCAGGGAGCUGCUCGAGGCAGCAUGCCCGCCCAGCUCUUUGCAGUUGACCCCAUCGUUGAGCAGCGUCUGAAUGCGGCCGUUCUAAAGGAUCGCCACAGUGAGCAGGAGCGCAAGGUGCCGGAGACGCCAGCCCUGCAAGAUGUGGGGCAAGCAUCGGAUUCUUCACCAUUGCAGACUCAGGUGCUCAGAGCGCCCGAAGCAUCCAUGUUGGAGGAUGCUAGUGUCCUGACCACGCCCCAACGACGGCCUAGCCUCCUGAAACGGGGCUCUGGAUCCUCACCGCAGACACCGAGCCCGGGCAGCAACAAGCGCAGCCUCACAGGUGGAGCCGUAAGUGCUGCCCUGGCUGCGCAGUCCUCGAAGAAAGCAAAGAAGCAGCGCCGUUCGAUAGAACUUCGAGCUCGGGAGGUCAAACAUCCAAAAGGGGUGCUUACGCGGCGGGAUGAACACCGUCCAGACCGUGAGCGUCCACCCACCUUCAAUCGACGGAGAUCUCGUUCAAGGCACCGAGAGGUGUCUUUACAUCGGUUUCGAGGCCGGGGGAACGACCAACGGCCUCGAUCCAGAGACAGAGCAGACAGAGCAGGUCGCCGGCCUCGGCAGCCUCGGGAGGUUUCGUGCUCACGCGAGCACGCUCGGGACACUGCUGUCCUUGGCACGGCGAAAGAUGUCAGAAGGACACGAUGCGAACCGAGCAGCAAGAAGAAGGCAUCGAAAGCAGCAGCCUCGAAAGCUGCAGCAUCGAAAGCUGCGUCCAAAGCUGCCGCCAAGAAGAAGGACCAUGCAAAGGUCCGGUCAAGCGAGCAAGAUGCCGAAAGGAAGGUGCCACCACACAAGCGGGGUAGCGAGGAAGAAGCCCCAAAACACGAAGCCAAGCAGGUCAAGCGGUCCAAGGCAGAGGAUGCGAUUCCGCUUAUUGCCGGCAAGGCCAAGAGCAAGGCCAGAAAGGGUGUGGCAGAUGCGCCGAAAAAGGAGUCCUCGGAGUACGAGUAUUACAGUUACUACAGUGAUCAGGAGGAGGAUAAGUCUGAGUCUUCCUCGAGCUCUGAGUCCGAUGACGCCAGCAACGAGUGA